GCUGGGCGUGGAAGUCAAAUGAAAACAUUUCUUCUAGUCAAGAGGAUAACUUCCUAAAAAUGUGGAAUGAAAUUGAACUGCUAACAAGUGAUGACACAGGAAAUGGUUGCCUCAGUAUUGGUUCCAGGGAAGAACAUGGAACAGCUCUAUAUCAAGUGGAUACCUUAGUUAAGAUAUCGUCUUCGGAGAAGGUUUCAUUAAAUCCCCAAUUACAUGCGUGUAACUCAAGUCACGGAUGCACUGUUAUAGCUGACCAGUCAGUGACUCUUCUUGACAGUAGUUGCCAGGCCCUCAGGUUGCACCUUCAGUUUGGUACUCAGGUGGAUGUAGUGGGCUUAUGUCAAGAAGGAGAGUUUCUUUUGGUUGGUGAGAGGAGUGGAAAUCUCCAUCUUAUUCACGUAGCAACAAAACAAAUCUUGCUCACUAAUGCUUUGGUUCAGAAAGCCCCAGAUGAAACCCAAAGUACAUAUCGGGAUCUUAUUAUAGAGAAAAAUGAUGAAGGGCUCUAUCAUGUUUUCCUUCUUACAAGAGAUGGAUUCUUUUGCAUUAUGGACCUUCAUCUUGGAGAAAUUCAGAAAGCAAUUCAGAAGAUGGACCUUAAUAUGGCGAAAGAGUUACAAGGACGUGUUAAAACCUGUUUUAUUUCCACGGAAAAUUAUCAUACCUCCGGUUGCCUCAAUUUUGUGAUUGGUGACUUAACAAGUGAAAUCCAAAUGAUAAUUGGGGGCACUGGUGAUUGUGUACUCUCAAAAUGGGAGCAGGAUUCUCAUAAACUGGUGACUGUUAAAAGUCUUACUGAUUCAAGUAUGAUUAAAGGUGCAAAGAAAUUCCAGCUGAUAGACAAUAUGCUUUUUAUUUUGGAUACUGAGAACGUUCUGAGCUUAUGGGAUGCUUACACUCUAACUCCCAUUUGGAAUUGGCCUUCAGUUCAUAUAGAAGAAUUUCUUCUAACUACAGAGGCAGAUUCACCCUCUUCAGUUACUUGGCAAGGAAUUACCUCAAAUCUCAAACUUAUAGCUCUGACUACGCCUAAUGAUAAACAGAUGAGGUACCUUAUGGUUUAUUCACUGCCAACAAUGAACCUGCUAUAUUCUUUGCAAGUAUCUGAUGUUGCUUCACUGGUUAAAAGUGGAGUCAGUACAGAUACAAUUUAUCUUUUGGAAGGAAUUUAUGAAAAUGAUAAGUCAUCUGAAAGCUCUGUGUCCGUAUUGGUACUGAGAUGUCUGACAGAAGCCUUGCCAGAAAAUCGGUUAAGUCGCCUUCUUCACAAGCGCAAGUUUGCUGAAGCUGAAAAUUUUGCUAUUCAGUUUGGAUUGGAUAUUGAGCUUGUGUACAAAGUAAAAUCAAAUGCUAUUUUGGAGAGAUUGGCUUCAUCUUCAGUGGCUGUUGGUAGACAAAGUACAUGUCAAGAGCUUGUGGAAGAAGCUAAAGAGAAUUUACGUAAAAUCCAGGAUGAUGAGUUUGUGGUAAAUUACUGCAUGAAAGCUCAAUGGCCAACCUAUGAUACAACACAGGAAAUGCUAAAUUACGCCAAAAUCAGAAUUUUGAAGAAAGAAGAUCCCAUUUCAGACGUCUUAACUGAGGUACUAAGAGCUCAAGCAAAGUUAACCACUUUUAAUGGAGCAUUUGGACCCGAAAAGUUCAGUGGAAUCUCUUGGAUUGAAUUUCUGAAGAAUGAAGAUAUUCUUAAGGACAUUUUCUUCCAGCUACAAGAAGGAAAUCUUGCUCGGGCACAAUACCUUUGGCUUAGGCAUCGGGCUGACUUCGAAAGCAGAUUCGAUGAGACAAUGCUAGAGAAGUUGCUUAACUCAAUUGCUGCAACUAUCCCUGUGCAAGCCCUUUGUCUCUGGUUUAAAAACACCGUGGUUCCAUUUGUAAGAAGAGUUGUCCCGAAAGGACAGAGAAUUCUUGCAAAAUGGUUGGAACAAGGAGCUAGAAAUCUUGAAUUAACCGAUAAGGCGAACUGGCCAGAAAAUGGACUUCAAAUGGCAGAAGUGUUUUUUACAGCUAAAAAUCCGGAUGACUUGGGGUUGGCAUCUUCCUGGCAUUGGAUCCCCUUGAAAGAAUAUCAGAGCAGCGAAGAAGUGUGUCAGUUGAAGAAAUUAGUGAACAGUUUACAAGAACUGAUCAAGUUGGUCAGGAAGUACAACUGCAGAUUGGCACUUAGUGAUUUUGAGAAGGAGAACGCCACCACAAUAGUGUUCCGUAUGUUCGAUAAAGUAUUGGCACCCGAACUCAUUCCGUCUACCUUAACGAAGUUUAUAAGACCGUAUAUGAAGGAACAUAGCUUGCAGGAGGAGAAAGUCCUCCUGCUCUAUAUAAAGGAGCUGUUGAAAUGCUGCAGUUCCCAGUCGGCAUCCUUGUUUGAAACUGCAUGGGAGGCAAAAGCCAUGGCGGUCAUCGGGUGCUUGUCGGAUACAGAUCUCAUAUUCGAUGCAGUGCUUCAGAUUAUGUAUGGAGCAGUGGUGCCCUGGAGUGCAGCAGUGGAGCAGCUAGUGAAACAACACUUGGAAAUGGAUCAUCCUAAAGUCAAAUUAUUACAGGAAAGUUUUAAGCUAAUGGAGAUGAAGAAGCUUUUGAGGGGCUACGGAAUAAGAGAUAUCAAUCUUUUAAAAGACAAACAAAUAAUGAGGGUGGUGAGGUAUAUUCUCAAGCAAGAUGUUCCGUCAUCAUUAGAAGAUGCUUUAAAAGUGGCACAGACAUAUAUGUUACCUAACGAUGGAGUGUACUGUCUAAAGAUUAUCGACCUGAUUGACAAAGAACGGGGUGAAGAAUGUCUCGACUUACUGAAGUCUCUUCCUCCUUCUGAAGUUGAGAAAACUGUGGAGAGAUUGGUCAUAUGGGCAAGGCUAGCUCUACAGGAACACCCAGACUCUAACUCUGAGGAGAGUAAGUCCCAGCAAAUGUCUAUAGCCAAAACAUUGGUAAAAUGUCUGAAAAUACUACUUAAUAUUCAUAAAGGAAACCCAAUGAAGAAGGAUGAAUGUGAAAAAAAUGUAAAGAUGUUUGAAACUAUGGUUAGCCUACAGGAGGAUUUUGAUAUCUUUCUUUCAGUUGAGGAUUAUGGAAAUCGUUCGCUGGUGACUCAGCUUCGUGAAGAGCACAUCAAAGCUUACGAAAGCACCCGGUCCACGCAGAAAUCUGGAAAGACCCAGGAAAUGACACCAGCCAACACAAAAUGCCCUUCCACUGAGUCAAGGCUCUACCGACUGGCAUUGCUUCUUCAAGUGUCAGAACCAGAGUUGGGUGGGGAGCUGGCAUUGAGAGCGUUAAAUGCAGGCAAAGUGGAAAAGGCUUUGAAAAUAUGCAGAGACCUAUUUAUACAUCACUGUAAUGCCAGCACAGGAAGAUUGCUGUUUUUGGCUUGUCAGAAGCUUUGUCACAUGUUGGGGGCUGAUGUUCCGAUGAUAACUCCUGCAGGAGUAAAUCUGCCUGCCGUUUUACAUGAGCUGGCAUGCCAGGCAGUCACCAUCUGUAGCCCAGAUCUUUUAUUAGAUGCUCUGGAACUAUGUAAAUACACCUUAGCGGCCAUGGAGUUUUACAGACAAUGCCAAAUAGAUUGUGGAUUUGUGACAAAAACUUCUUUUGGAGCAGAUAAAGAUCCUUAUGAAGAGUGGAUGUACAAUGACUUCUUUAGCGAAGAUGGGAUUGUUCUUGAAACCCAGUUGGUGCUACCAGUUAUCUAUGAGCUGAUUUCGUCUCUGGUUCUCGUUACUGAAAGGAAUAUGCAGCCUCUGGACUCUGCAAGCUUGCCAUACUGUCCAUUUAAUAAAGGCGAAAAUCUUCUGUUGCCGGUCAUUAGUCCCAUUUCCACUCUGCUCCAGAACCUGCAGGAAUGUAGCCAGUGGGGGCUAGCCCUGGGGCUGGUGGUAGUUUCCCUCGGCAGCUGUCUUCAGCACGGAGUGUCCAACAGCAUGAGCAGACACUUGAGUGAAAAGCUUUACGAGGAAGAAAUGCUGACUCACAUGAAAAGUAUUCUGACUGCCAUGAAAGAAAAAGCCAAUACUUUUAUCCAAGAAAAUGCUUCAGCAUUGUUACAUAAAGUAUUUAAUUGUCGUCUGGUGGAUCAUGACCUGGCCCUGGGUUACUGCACUCUUUUGCCUAAGGAAAUUGUCUUUGCAAAGCUGUGGAAGGUCAUAAGCAACUCCUGGCAGAACUACAAUAAAAUUUUGGCAGUAGCUUUGGUUGGAGCCCAGCUUGCCCGUCUCUAUGGAGAAGAAGAAAUAAAGCUUAAGUUUCAGGAAUUAAUUAUUGACGCUCACUGGGGUAUCCGGCUUGGUAAAUUUGGUAUUUCUUUCCAGCCGGUUUUUAGGACGUGUUCACCACGGAAGAAAGAACUUAUUAAGACCCUCGUGGAGAAUCCAGAUACCGACACUCAUCUCAUCCUGGAGUAUUGCAGCACUUAUGAGCUGGACAGUGAUUCAGCCCUCCAACUUUGCAUCGAAACACUGUUUCUCCACAAUUCAAUGAUAAGCCCAAGUGAAGAAACUACGGAGAAUACUGCCCAACGGUUGCAUUCCAAGCUCCUGGCUAAGGCUGCAGAAAUCAUUCCUCUGCUGAAGAGCACGAAAGAUUUGGUCAUCAGCCUUAGUGGAAUAUUACAUAAGUUGGAUCCCUAUGAUUAUGAAACUAUUGAAGUUGUGCUGAAAGUUAUACAAAAAGCCGACGAAAAGAAUACAAGUAUCCAGAUUAAUCAGGCUUUAAGUCUUCUAAAACACUUGAAAUCCUACAAAAGAAUUUCUCCUCCUGUGGAUUUGGAGCACCAGUAUGUUUUGGAACACAUAAUGGCCUUGUCUCCAGCUGCUCAUACCAGACUACCUUUUCACCUGAUUUUCUUUGGCACGAUGCACAAUUUCUGGAAACUCCUGGCUUCCGAGCUCAGUGAGGAAUCUUUCCCAACCCUACUGUUGAUUUCAAAACUAAUGAAGGCUUCUUUAGAUACCCUAUAUAUGUCCACGGCCAAGCAUGUCUUUGAAAAAAAGCUGAAACCAAAAUUACUGAAGCUAGCACAAACCAACUGCUCCACCCUGGAUAACAAGGAAACCGCGGAAACCGCGCAGGCCAUUCAGUCGUACUUGUUGUCGAUAGUGAAUCCUGAAUGGGCUGUCGCUAUUGCUGUCAAGAUUGCUCAGGAUCUUCCAGUUGGACCUGACAAGAUUAGUGCAUGGAAAUUCAGUCUUCAUUUAGCAGAGAAAUGGCUAAGGAACUCUCCAGCUGAGGCCGAAGCCCACGACAAAGCCGAAGCUUUGCUGAAGAAACUGCGCAUUCAGUACCAGACAUCAGCCACUGAAACUGUGUUAAUUACCCACAAGUUGAACACCGCUGAAUAUUUGAAACUGUCAGGAAAGCCAGCUCAUCUUAUUGUCAGCCUUUAUGAGCACAGCAGCAUCGAUCAAAGAAUUAAGAGUCCAACGGGCCAAGAUUAUCCUGAUAUUCACGCGGCUGCCAAGGAAAUUGCUGACAUUAACAACGUGAACCUCGAAAAAAUCUGGGAUAAAUUACUGGAAAAAUGGCUCUGUCCAAAUAGACAGACUGGUGAGAAAUCAGCAGACUUCUUGGAUCUUCAGGGGGAUGAAGAAUUUAGAAGGGUGAUUUAUCUUCUUCAGCCACUCCCUAUAGAUUAUAGCUCCAGGAUGCUGUAUGUAAUUGCAACGUCGACGUCUUCGAUUGGUGUGAAUCAGUUGACGUUUGCCCAUCGGAGGCGAGCUCUUCAAUGUCUCCUGUACUCAGCGGACACAGAAACUAUCGAAUCUGUCUUCAAAAAACCCAUCGAAGAAGUCAAAUGUUUUCUCAAAUGUAUAACGUUUCUGGCAGAGUUUGAAAACUUGAAUAUCCCAUAUACUUACGAGUCAUUUCACAGUAGCCCUAAAGAAGGAAUGAUUAAAGGACUAUGGAAAAACCAUAGCCAUGAACCGAUGGCUGUAAGAUUGGUUGCUGAACUAAGUUUAGAAUACAAAGUGUAUGACCCUCAGCUUUGGAAUGGAUUGUUGCAAAAGUUACUUGGAUUUAAUAUGAUCAAUUAUCUAAGAAAUGUUUUAGCGGCAAUUUCCAGUGUCCAUUCCUUGUGGCAGAUUCCUUACUUCAGCAAAUCUUGGCAACGUGUUAUACUGAUCCCACUCCUUUCAGCUUCUUGUCCACCGAGCCCCACGCAGCUUCAGGAUUGCUGUGAGAGUCUGGUGUCCCUUCUUGAGUGUCCCGUUUCAACCGAUUUUGAUGUGACUGGAGUUGCCAAGCAGUUUGCCCAGUUAGAUUUGCCGGCUUUUGCUCUAGCCUGCCUGCUGCUGAUGCCACAGUCCGAGAAGAAAGAGCAGCAAAUUAAGAAUUUCCUUGAUUUGUGCAAUCCCGAGACUAUUUUACGACAAGUGGAUGAACAUAUGAAAACUGGGGAGCUAGCAGGGUUUGCAUCCCAAAUCAGGAGUUUCAUUUUGACCGAUCUCAUAAACAAGAAGCAGUUUGGGGUGUUUACAAAGACUGAAUAUUUACCCCUGUUGAAGCUUCACAUGGCAAAUACCAAUAAAGUGAAGGAAGUGGUGGAUUACCUUGCAAAGGAGAAUUGUUUGGAUGGCAUCUCAACCGCUGUAAUUGAAAAUUUAAAGCAAAGUGGCAAGCCAAUUCCAGCUGAUACAAGUGCAUUUGAGAUUGUGAAGCGAUAUCUAAGUGGCCUGAAGUAACUUAUGAGAAGUUGUUUUUUUUUUCCCCAAGAAGAGAAAUGGAGACUUGGAUUCCAGUGUUCACUGGCAAGACAUUUAUAACUGUUUUAUAUAUUGCAAAGUUUAAUGUAAAUAAGAAAUUCUGCAAUAUUUGUGACGCUAACCACAGAUACAUUACAUUUCAAGGAACUUCAGUCCCUUACUAGUCACUUGCAGAAUUUCCAGGUAUUUUAUCAAAUGUAUUAUUGCCUAAAGUUAACCUCCCACCAAUUACAUGCUGUUUAUAGAAGAAUAGAGUUGGAAUUCAUAAGUACUAAUUUUUGCCUGUAAGUCUUGUUUAUUCCUUUUAAUAUUAAAUAUGAGAAAUGGUGUAAACCUCUUGCCCUUCACAAUAAAUUCAGGACAUAACUUCCUGGAUGUUUCAAAUCUUAA